AUGGAAGACUACCAGAGUGCGGAAAAGACCACUUUUGUUGUUGACGAAGUGAGCAACAUUGUGCAAGAGGCUAUAGAAAGUGCCAUCCGUGGCAAUGCCUAUCAGCACAGCAAAGUCAAUCAGUGGACCACAAAUGUCGUAGAACCAACUUUAAGCCAACUCACCAAGCUGGGAAGACCAUUCAAAUACAUUGUGACCUGUAUAAUUAUGCAGAAGAACAGAGCAGGACUACACACGGCGAGGUCUUGCUUCUGGGACAGCUCUACUGACGGGAGCUGCACCGUGCGAUGGGAGAACAAGACCAUGUACUGCAUCGCCAGCGCCUUCGGACUGUCCAUCUGACUGACCUCCUCAUCCCCCCAGGCUCUUUCUCCUCUGUCUCAACAU